AAGCUCUUUCCUCACUGCAGAGAAGCCGAGGACUGCUCGCUCGUCGCCCGGUGCUUACAGGUGACGAGCUUUUCGUUGUGUUCUUUCUAGCGAUGGCGUUGGGGCGACUAAGAGUCAGAUGAUUUUUGGAAAGGGAAACCCGAGGCCUCUUUGGAUGGGGAUCUCUGGCCAUGGCGGGAUGUUAUCGGGCUUAUACUGCGACUAUCUGGCCAACACGUGCCGAGCUGAGUAGGACCUAGGGUCUGAGGAUUCACAUCGCAUCUAUGGACGAUCAAUGUCCAUGACGAUUUUCUCUGCUAGAAAGAGGCUGAGUUCCCUCACCACCAACAAAACACGUCCUCAAAAACACCACCCCCAUCCCCUCUGCCUUUCCGCCUCCUCAGCACCAAUCUCCUCCCUCUCCACCUUCGCCCUCGCCUCCGCAACAGCAACCCCCACCCGCCUCACAAUCCUUUCCCGCCUCUCCCUCAAACAAACCGGCCGAUCGCGCCGCACAAAAAACUGCUCCGGCGCCAACAAUGUACCGUCUGGCGUGCGGAUCUGCGUGUCGAUGGAGAGAUCCUGGGGGUCGAUGAGCUCGCUUAGGGCGUGCUUGCGCGUGCUGCGUGGGUGGGGGGUUGGAUGGGUUAUGUGCGGGUCUCCUUCUAUGCCUCCGGUCUCUUUGGUGUUGGGUGUGGAGAAGACGGAAUUGGGGCCUGCAGACGUGGUGGUGGUUGAGGAGGAGAAGGUGGAGGUGGAGAUGUGUUUUUCGGUGUUGCUGGUUUUGUUUGUUUUGGACUUGGAGUGGGUGUUGCCCAUUGUUGCUGGUUGAUCGGAUUUGCUGUGAUCUUGGUGGGGUCUCCGCCGAUAUGAGGUGGGUUGGCGAUUCGCUUGUCAAUCAGCGGUUGAGGAGUGACUGUGCUCAGUGGGUGUGUUUGCGGCCAAUUCUCGCCUGGCUUGGCCUGGUCUUACCUACGAAUGAAUGUCGAUAGCGCGGGAGAGCCCGAGGAGUAAGGAUGGACGAAUGAUGGAGAUGAAACGAUGACAAUUGUUCUUGACCAACAAUGAAUGACCAAAAGUAAGGAGAUG